CGCCAUGCCACAAACACAUGGGGAGGCGCAUCUUACAGUAAAAGCCACGAUUCCCCCAAGAACCUCACUCAGAAACUCCAAGAGUUGCAUCUCCAUCGACUUAAGAAAUCCUACGCAAUUCAGCCACCCGUCUACAGCUUGGAACCGCAAUACACUUCGAGCAUUUCACCAUGACCGCCAGAAUAGAAAAGUAUAGCCACCCCCCGUCCUCUUCUCGCCGAUGGACACGUCGCCCUUCGGUAGAAGAGGCGGUCAUCGCGGUGCCCCAGGUGGCCCUCCUACACAUGUUUGUUAUUUUUGGACCGGCGCUGGUUGCCAUCUUACACUCGUUGAAUUACCUCCGCGAUCGAACCAUUACGACCAUCUCAACAGCAAAGCACCUGCUCCCAGCGGCCUUCACGUCCUCGUCAAAAUCACCAACAAUAUCACCCUACACAUCACCGCCGCGUUCGUCCGCUUCGGGCAAACGCGCUACCCUCUCGCCAAAGCGCGGCUCGCCAGCAGCCCGGUUGCCCGCCGCGAAUAACGGCCGGCCGCGAACCCCCGCUACGGCGGCGCCAGUGUCGCGGGUCGUCCAGUUCUCCGAAUUACCCAGGCCGGUGUUUAAGACGCUGACGAUGGUGGAAGGGAUUUGGGAGUGGGCGGUAAUCACCACUGCGGGUUUGAUUGCCGCGUUGGCGCGAGUGGUGGGGCUGAAACUCAGAGUGAAGAUGGAUCAACGGGUUUGAGAUGGGAAGUGAGAUCAGGGGAAUGCGUAUGGGAAGUGGGGAACGAUGUUGGAUAGAGGUGUAUGAGGCUUCGUGCCCCGCCUCGAUUGCAGAGUUGCAGCGAACAGUCCAGCGAGAAAUACACACCG